UUAAAAAGGUGUGUUUUGUAUAUAAACUUAAUAUAGGCUCAAUUUGAACAUAAGAAAAAUAAGAGGCCCAGAUAGAAAAAAGUCUAAAGUUCAUUAGCCAGCUCCGCUUCCAGACUUCCAGUCUCCAUAGAAACAAUGCAGAUCGUCUCAGACUUCUCCUCCGCCUUUUCCCACCCACGCGCCGCCGCAUUAGCCACCACCACCACCUCCAACUCCAGUAUCUCAAUUUCACAUUCUCCGGCGAUAAAAUUUCACUCUACGAACGCAUCUCCAUCCUCGACACUACUGCUAGCUUCCUCUUCCUCUUCCUCUUCUCGUAGAUGUUUCACCUGUCGAUUUGACAACAAUUCUCCGCGGUUUGAUUCCAGCGAGGACGAUUAUUAUAACGAGGAUGAGAAUGAAACCAAUGAAGAUGAUUGUUUGAUCGAAUGCUUGGCAGAUGGGAAGACGGAGGAUGGGGUUGUUCUCAUCUCGGUGGAGAAGCUCGAGAAGAGCUCGCGGCGGAUACGCUCGAAGGUUGGGAUGGAAGCGAGCCUCGAUGCCGUGUGGAGCGUGUUGACUGAUUACGAGAAGCUGUCGGAGUUCAUACCGGGCCUUGUCGUCAGCGAGUUGGUCGAGAAGGAAGGCAACCGUGUUCGUCUUUUCCAGAUGGGACAGCAAAGCAUAGCAUUGGGUCUUAAGUUUAAUGCCAAAGCUGUUCUAGAUUGUUUCGAGAAGGAGCUUGAGAUUCUACCACAUGGGAGGAGACGUGAAAUCGACUUUAAGAUGGUCGAAGGAGAUUUUCAGUUGUUUGAAGGCAAAUGGUCCAUCGAACAAUUGGACAAAGGGGAGGCUUCGGAUUUACAGUUUAAAGAUUUUCCGACAACGCGUGCAUACACAGUGGAUGUAAAACCAAAGAUGUGGUUACCUGUACGGCUAGUUGAAGGAAGAUUGUGUAAUGAGAUUAAAACAAACCUUUUGAGUGUUAGAGAUGCAGCUCAGAAAGUCAUUGAAGGUGUUAUUCACGAUCUUUGAGUUUUUUUUUACCUCUUAAGACCAAGUUGAAGUAAUGUUUCUACUUCUCUACUGGUUAGAUAGCUAUAGUAAACCUAUACAGACGCACGUUUUUCUCAAUUGUAUAUACUGAUUCAUAGUCCUUUAAUAGA